CAAGAUGAAUCUAAAGAUAAAGAUAAAGAUGAACAAACAAUCAACGAAUUAUAAGUUUAUAAGUAAUGAUGAUUAUUCCUUGAUUGUUGAGGAUAAACAAUUAGGUCAUAAUCAACAAAAUGCUUCUGCUAUUAAUACUGACUCUGCUGCUCCUACGAUUCUUAAACCGGGGGAUGAUUGUGAUGAUGUUGGCUCAAAUCUCAUACACAAUGUAGCACAAACUAUGAUGACUACACCGCCAGCGCCGGUUAAGACUUCAAAUGAUCUUAAAGCAGUGAUGAGCUACUUGGCAUAUAUCAAAUGUGAAGUGAAUAGAAUUUCCGAAACGCAGCAAGAAAUAAUUGAAAUACUGAACAACAAUAAUACUCAAAUUUUGCAAAAAAACACUGAUUUAUUGAGCUGUGAUAACAAUGAAACAGACUAUUUUGUAAUGAACUGGCCAAUUACUGAUGAUGAUGGUCUUUUAGAUCUUGAAAAUAAAAUGAAAGACAGAAUCUUUUAUAAACUAGUUGUUAGUGAGCUGACCAGGCUUGGAGGUAAAACUCUGUCAAGAAUCAUCAACAAGAUGUUGAAGAAAGUUUUUGACGAUACCAUAUUGAUAAAGUUUACUUAUUACGGUUUGAGAAACAAAGAAAAUUUUCAUACGCUAUCCAUUAAUAAAGCUAUUUUUGAUGCUGUAAGAAAAUCUAAACAAAAAUCUGUUUCAGAUGAGGAAAUCAUCAUAUCGAUUGGGAAAUAUAUGACUGGAGCUAAAGGCAGAAUAGAACAACAAAACAUCAAAAACCAAUAAUUCUAAGAUACAAGGUUUUUUUUUUACCUUUAAAAAUUUAAUAUUAUAAUUUUUUAAUUAUUAAUUUUAAUUUUUAUAUUUUUUAUAUUCUUAAUAAUCUAAAUUUAUCUAUUAUAUGUAUAAUAGUAAUAAGUCUAUUGCAUAUAUAGAUGUGCUGAUCCAAAAGUUUGA